AUGGGUCUCACCUCCCUACAACUGAUCCCCACUCUGUUCUGCCUACUAGCAUGUUCCGGCAACGUUAUCCGCAGACGUCAAUGCAAUAUUACCUUACCAGAGAUCAUCACAACCUUGAACUUCCUCGAAAAGGACAAGAACACAUCUGAGAUGGAAACCCUCUGCAGGGCUGCGACUGCACUUCGGCAGUUCUAUAGUCACCACGAGAAGGAAACCUUCUGCAGGAAUGCAACUGUGCUUCAGCACAGGUUCUUGAUUAAAUACCUGAAAGGACUUGACAGGAACCUCUACAGCAUGACAGAUAUGAAAGACUGUCCUGUGAAUGAAGCCAAGAAGAGAACAUUGAAAAACUUCUUGGAAAGGUUAAAGAUGAACAUGCAAAAGAAAAUUUCAGAGUGGUGUUGA